GGUAACUUUAUGGUGGUACCGGGGAAGGCUCUGUCUGCUGGUGACUUUUACGGCGUCUACACCUUAGAUAACGCAUGUACGUGUCGCCUGGCGUGUUGGUCUGCCAAGCGGUGUGUGGCGGUAGCAGCGGUGCCAGAUACAAGUGCCAACACGGUACAGUGCCACUUGUCUGAGAAGGGACCCAUCAACCACACCCUCACCGACACCCCGGACGCCACCUACUACUUCUGGGAAGCUUCGGUGCCAAACAACUUCUACGGGAUCAUGAAGGACAACUACCUGUAUCUGGUGACGAACCAUCAAAGAACAUUUACCCACGGGAAGGAACUGUGCGCCAAGAUACCUGGGCACCGCCUCGCCACCAUCAAGACUGCUCGCCAGUUUGAAACAGUCACCGCCAUGUUGAAUGCUAACAGCUGGCCAGUGUGGGUGGACCUGGAGAAGCCUGGGGUACUUGCAACACCUCUGCAGUGGGGAGAUGGAACUCUGUACGGGGAUGGCACCGUGACACAGCUGGCAACCGUUGUGACUGAGAGGGAUUAUGCAGCUGUCUACCGCCUAGAAGAUCAAAACUUCGACGAUAAAUCAGACCCUGACCUUUAUUACAUCCUGUGUCAGGCUAACCCACUCGGUCUAGACUGGUAGUGAGGGAAUUUCCUCAUGAGGCCUUGUAGUAAGUAUGUCUGGCUCAGUCUGGAGUUUUGGUAGCAUAGGUGUCCUUCUAGAGUUAUGGUAGUAUGUAGCUCAGUCUGGAUUGGUAAUAGAGUGUAGUAGUAAAAAUCUAGAGGAUACACACAAAGACUAAGCACAAAGACAAUGCGGCAGCAAUGAAGAGAAGAUUGACAAUGUGGCAGACU